CUGGGUCAAUUCGCUAUGCAUGCAAUGACAUCAUUUUUCAAGAUAAUCGUGAUUAAAUAAUAAUACGGCUUGCUCUGAUCGAUCGUAAACUUUCCUCGUAUAUAAAAGAAAUUCUACAUUAAUUGGCGCGGACUUUAUUGCCGUUCAUAACCCCUCGGGACUGUUCACUCAAAGAUGUUCCAUAUAUACAGCUGCAGCAACUUGACUUUCGGAAUGAUUUGACGGAUUCUGUGUUUUCGCCAAUAUACAAAAGUGCUUACAUCGAGAGGCUCUCACAAUUUCACGUGCCUAAUGUUAUGUUUAUUGUGCCUACAUGUUGCUGCAGGGAUGUAAACUAUCAGCAGUAGUGAUUUCGAAAAAAAAAAGAGAAAACCGUACCCAAGAUAUGAUUCAAAAAUGAGGAUUUAGAAUCGGGAUAUUUACACAUUUCUCGUAUGCAACUUCACAUCAAUUAACAUGGGGAAGAAGAACAGUAAGUUAAAACAAGAAGAGGUGGAGGACUUAAAACGCAAGACUUACUUCUCCGAAAAAGAAAUUCAAAACUGGUACAAAGGAUUCAUGAAGGACUGUCCCGAUGGUAAACUUACACUAGAGGGAUUCACAAAAAUCUACAAGCAGUUCUUCCCUUUUGGAGAUCCCAGCAAAUUUGCAUCUUUCGUGUUCAAUGUGUUCGAUGAAAACAGGGAUGGGUAUAUAGAGUUUCACGAGUUUCUAACCGCCUUAUCCGUUACUUCCAGGGGAAGUGUGCAAGAAAAACUUAAAUGGGCUUUCAAACUUUAUGAUUUAGAUAACGAUGGUUUCAUCACAAGGCAAGAACUACUAGAUAUAGUGGACGCUAUUUAUAAAAUGGUGGGAAAUAUGGUAAAUCUUCCAGAAGAAGAAAAUACACCCGAGAAGAGAGUAAAUAAGAUAUUUGACAUCAUGGAUAAGAAUCGAGAUGAUCAACUUACCUUUGAGGAAUUUUUAGAAGGUUCAAAGAAAGACCCAACCAUUAUUCAAGCCCUAACGCUCUACGACAUGGCGCAGCCUCAGGGUCAAGGCUAAACAAGAGGCAGGGUGACUAGCGUCUUGUAUCAUCCGGACGACAGUGUGAUGAAAAUAUGAAAUGGACACGCAAGACAUUCGUGAUGCACAACAACGAAUGCAGCACAUUUAUUUCAUUUAUUUUAUUCCUGUUUAUUCCAAUCCAGAAUAUUCGUGACAAAACAAUCAGAGUAAUGUAUGUUUUGAACAGAGUGAUAGUGACCAAAUCACGUGUAAAAGUAUGUGUAUGACGUCAUUCCAAACUUAGUGUGUACCUCAUUUGAAACAGAGGCAGAAAAUAAAACGUGAAAAGGGAAGCAGAAAUUUUUAUUAUAGAUGUAAAAUGAAGUAAUGAAAUCGAAACCAUUUCUUUGUGAUGAUUAUGGUUACCAACUACAUGUAUUGAUUAGUUUGUAUUAAGAUUUUUGUUGAGCUGAUUAUUUUGAUGAAUAUAUCCAACAGAAAUUCUCCAGUUUAGACCAAUGCAUUAACAUCAUUUUCUAUAUUGAGUUUGGAAUGGUACCGUGAAUAACAAGACGAGAAAUAGAUAAUUCCGAAAAUUCUUAUAUCACAGCACAUACCCUCAAUUUGUAAGGUUAUUUCAUUUUGAAUUACAGAAGAGAACAUUGUACAGUGAUUCUCAAUGAUGAAAACGUGGUUUAAAGCUUCUUCCUGUACUUAAUAAUUAUGUGUCAAAUUUCAGUCCAGCCAGAACUCACAAUGUAUCGGCUUUCUAUAUUGUUUUUCGUGUCUAUAUUUGAUUUCGAAAUGUUAGUCAAAGUGUUAUUUUUUUUUUAAAACUUGUUAAAUCUAAAUCCUUCCACUUUGCCUCAUUUGGAAAAAAAUGCUGGAUAGUUUCGUUUUCAAAUUACAGCUGAUGGAAAUGUAAAAACAGAUUGAUUUUUUUUAUUCGUAAAAUUGUUCAUUCAUAGCGCAGGAACUACAAUUCAUGAUAACGAGAAGUCUGUUUGACAAUUCUAAAGGACCCGGAUGUACUUCCCGCCAAACUCACCGUUACCAAAUGAGGAUUGUUACAUAAAACCAGUGAGACUUGUGUGCACUAUUACUCAGUAAUUAUAUCCUUAUGGUUAUAUAUGCAAGCACCAAUAUAUAAAUAUUGUUUCCAAUAUGCAUUUUAUUUAGUUGAUGGAAUCCAGCCAUAUUUCAUUCAUUUAUGUCUCGAUGAAUGUACUGAUUUCAUAAAAAAAUUUACAUGUGCUAUUAAAUUAUUAUUAAUUGUAAAAUAAAUCCUUUCCAAACUUUG